AUUUUAAUCGAAAAGAUGGAGAAUCAAGAGAGAUCGCUAUUCACUCGGAUGCAACCGAGCAGAGAUUCGAUCCGAUUGCAAAUCGGGCGAAAAGGGUUCGAGACAGGGAAGGUGACAUCAACGACGGAGAGCAGCAAACAGUGCCAAAUCGGUGAACGCCAUCCCACGAAAAAACAUAUCAGUCCUACUUCUUCCGGAAAGUAUGUGGCGACACCUCGUCCGACGAUGGACAAUCUAAAGCAAUGGGAAUUGGUAGAGUGCGGUCACAGUUUGCGAGUAGUGGAAAAGAGAAUCGGCGCGAAACCUCGGGAAGAGAUGUCGGGAACGGAUGUUGAUGAACGUAUCUCAAGCUUCGCUGGAAGGAAAACUCUUCCUGAGAACAUCGCCAUCGACGCGAAUCUCGAAGAGAAGUUGAAAGCUUUCAAAGACUCGAAGAUCGUUCAACCUAUUUUGGCGCCUCAACACGAAUGUGCCGAUGAUGCGAAAGUCCCGAUUAAUCUCGAACUAAUCCUGAAACAGCGGAAAGGCCCGGCUAUCGAGAGUACGGAUAUGCUUCAACGAUUAGAACAGCAGGUCAAGGCCAUCGAAAUGGACACUCUUGCAGCUAGAACGCGCCAGUUGGAGUUUAGCUCGGAUUUCGAGCCGGAAAUUCGAUACGCGGACCUUCACCGAUACAGGGAACACGAGGAUCUACUUCGAAACGUGACGGAUAACGAGGCCGAGGGGUCUCCAUUACACCGAGGAGAUGCGACAAGGAAUUCGACGGGAAAUGCAGGCAUCGUUACUAAGAAAGCUUCAACAAAAUUAUCAAGGACAGCCUCGGACUCGAGGCGGGGACAGGAAGCGGAAGUACUCCUUCGAGCGCAAGCUAGGGUGUCGCAAGCGCGUGUAUUGAUACAGGCUAACAACGCGAAGAAACAUCAACGUCAACAGCAACAGCGACAGAGCAGUGCGGUCAGACCAUUGUCAACCGUCACGCAGAAGAGUGCGCAAAAUGAGAAGGAGACAGGGGAUGGCGUGGGAGUGUCGAGUAGCGGUGGUCGACUCUCUUCUCGAAGUCGAACCUCGGAGGAACCCCACAUCGGCAAGUACAAAUUACUUAAAACAAUUGGCAAAGGUAACUUUGCCAAGGUAAAACUUGCCAAACAUGUACCUACCGGAAAAGAAGUGGCUAUCAAAAUUAUUGACAAGACUCAAUUAAAUCCCGGUAGCCUUCAAAAAUUGUUCCGAGAAGUAAGAAUAAUGAAGAUGCUCGAUCAUCCGAAUAUAGUGAAGCUUUUCCAAGUGAUCGAGACUGAGAAAACAUUGUACCUGGUAAUGGAAUACGCCAGCGGUGGCGAAGUUUUUGACUACUUGGUCCUACAUGGUCGAAUGAAAGAAAAGGAGGCUAGAGCAAAGUUCCGGCAAAUUGUCUCUGCUGUGCAAUACUGCCAUCAAAAAAAGAUCAUCCAUAGGGAUUUAAAGGCUGAAAAUUUACUACUCGAUAGCGAGAUGAACAUCAAAAUCGCCGAUUUUGGUUUCAGCAAUGAAUUCACACCAGGCAACAAGUUGGAUACUUUCUGCGGAUCACCUCCUUAUGCAGCACCUGAACUUUUUCAAGGUAAAAAGUAUGAUGGACCCGAAGUAGAUGUGUGGUCGUUGGGAGUAAUAUUAUACACUUUAGUGUCUGGAUCACUGCCCUUCGACGGUUCGACAUUGAGAGAAUUGAGGGAACGAGUAUUACGAGGAAAAUAUCGAAUUCCAUUUUACAUGUCCACGGAUUGUGAAAAUCUUUUGAAAAAGUUUUUGGUGCUUAACCCGACAAAACGGGCAUCCUUAGAGACUAUUAUGAAGGACAAAUGGAUGAACAUGGGAUAUGAUGACGACGAAUUGAAACCGUACUUAGAACCUGAACCUGAUUAUAAAGACCACAAGAGGAUAGGUGAGUCUGCCAAGGCCCUGGCUAGUAUGGGAUAUACAAGAAGUGAAAUAGAAGAUUCCUUAGGACAAGCAAAGUACGAUGACGUGUUCGCCACGUACUUACUCUUAGGAAGAAAGACAACUGAUCCUGAAUCAGAUGGCUCACGAUCAGGCAGUUCGUUGUCAUUGCGCAACAUUCCACCGCAAGCUGGUUCAGGUGGUGGUGGAAGUGGAGGUGGAGGAGGAAGUGGAGGAGGCACUGGUGGUGCUGUGCAGAGUCCGUCGCAUAGAGGUGUUCAUAGAAGUAUCUCUGCUAGCAAUCCAAAACCGAGUAGACGAGUUUCAUCCGGUCUCGAAACGCUUCGAGCAGCGCCGAGCCCAGGAAAUGCAACGAACCAUAAUCACGCAACUCCUACGACUGGUGGAACUGUAACUGGAAACACUGGUAGUAAUUUUAAGAGACAAAAUACUGUGGAUGCGGCCACGAUCAAAGAGAAUACUGCUCGCGUUUCUGCGAGCCGACCUUCGGCUCCUAAAAACAGUCCUGGCCAAUUAGAUACUAUGACAAUGUUCAUUCUAGGCGUGGGUACAAGUCCCGGUGGUAGAGCAUGGGCAGGAAAGAGCAACACAAUGAAUGCAGGGGUAGGUAGUGGUCGGCCUCUUACUUCACCUGCCCCUGGUUCUGUUGGUCGACGUAGUACCAUCUCUUAUGAUCAAGCGAAAACGUCCUCUUCAUCUACCGAAAGAACCAACGAUACACCCAGCCUUGGCGAGGGCACUAGACCAACACGGGGUCACACCAAGUCUGCGAGCAUCAGUGCAGGUCACCGUUCCUCAAGUGGCGUAGCUCCCAGCGACCAUUCACUACUGGACCCUCAACCACGCAACGCCCACAACUCCUUACUCGCCACUGCUGACCCUCUUAGACAGAGCUUGGGUGUGUCUCCAAGUAAUAGACUGGCAACACCUACAACACCAGCAUUUCCUCGAAAUGUUCCAAGUCGUAGUACGUUUCAUUCUGGUCAGAAUAGAGCUCAGCGAAAUCAUACUCAGGGUCACACGCAUACACAGGACACGAAUGCAAUUAGUCCACUAGCGAGACCGUCCUUCUUCUCCAAAUUGUCCUCAAGAUUCUCCAAACGCCCCAUGGACCCAUCCGUACCUCCCAAGCACCCAGUAGUGAGUGGUGCAACUACUAACGAUGAGCAAGUUAAGCCACGCAGUCUACGUUUCACUUGGAGUAUGAAAACUACAAGUAGUCGAGAUCCAAAUGAAAUUAUGUCCGAAAUUCGAAAGGUAUUGGAUGCCAAUAAAUGUCAGUACGAACAACGUGAAAGGUUUCUACUGCUAUGUGCGCAUGGUGAUGCAGCAACAGAUAGCCAAGUACAGUGGGAAAUCGAAGUUUGUAAACUGCCACGACUUUCUUUGAACGGAGUACGUUUUAAACGGAUCUCAGGCACUUCAAUUGGCUUCAAAAAUAUUGCUAGCAAGAUAGCAAAUGAGCUCAAGCUGUGACUGCCGACAACAGGCGCCCUAUCCACCCGCGCCAAUCCAUAACGUUCUCAUGAUCGAUGACACGGAUUCACAGUUACCGACAACUUUCAUUUUUCCUUCUUCUGGGACUUUGACCUUUUCGAUGAUAUCAAUACCGAUACAGAUAUCGAUACCGAUACCGAUACCGAUACUGAUACCGAUACCGAUACCGAUACCGAUACCGAUACCGAUACCAAUAUCCAUACACAUACACAUACCAAUAAUGAUUCCGAUUCUGGUUCUAGUUCCAAUCUUCAUUCCGAAACCAAUACACGAGAGAUAUUCGUUUAAACAAUUCUCUCUAUCCCGUCCCAGUUGAAUAGCGAAAGUAACGUCGGCAGAAUCGAACUUUCACCGAUCAUCGAUCAUCGAUCUUUGAUUUAUCAACGCAUUACAUCAUCCCGUUACUUAUUCGGAAGCCUCGAAAAAACUGUGAUCCGUGACCGUUGAACGCGCGCAUAUUCAAAUACUCCCGAGUGCCAAAACAAAAUCAAGCAGUCGGUUUUUCGUGAAAUCGUCUAGAUAUGGAAUAAUACAAUGAGAAGAUUGGGAGUGAAUGGAGAAGGUGGUGCUGAUCGGACAGAAACAUGAAAAAAUUCAAUGAGAUUCCACAGAAGGAAGAAAAGAGAAGAGGCUAAAAGAAGAAAAAAAAAGAUAAUACGAAUAGAUAUGAAUUGAUCGUAUCGCGCGACAAAUUGUUAUCAAUCGAUAUGAUCGAGUUAAUAAUUUAACGUUCUUCUUAUCGAUACGCAAAAAAACGAUGUUUGAAAUCUUGAUAUCGAGAAUAUCAUUCGCGUCGUCGUAUCAAUUAAAUUAUGCUCAUUUUCUGUACUCUCUCAAUCUAGCCGAAACGGUUGCUAUCAACUUAAAUAUUACGCGUUUACAGUAUUAUAUAUUCCAAGCAAUUUUCUUGAUGUUAUAACACGAUAUCUCCGGUGAAAUUGACAAAAUUAUUAUCUUUAGUUACUUAAGCCAAUCUUAUAUUCGCGUCUUCUACAUAAUUAUAUUUGAUCUUUCUUUAUUUUAUUAAUUUCUCUUUCCUUUUACUAAAUUUCUAAUUUCUCUUUCACAAAAAAUAUUGUUUUAUUUUAAUUGUGCCUAAUAAUGCGUAUCAAUAAAGUAUAAACUUUCUUCUAAUGAGCGAGGAAAGGAAUAUAGAAUCUGUUAGCAAGAAUGGAAGGAAAGACGAGAUGAGUGGAAAAUAGUGUACAUGAAUAAAAGCUCUUUAAAAAUAAAGAUAUUUAUAAGUGGGGCGUUCGAUCGAAUGCAUUAUGCAUUCUAUGUCAAGAGUCUUUCUUUUCGCAACGUUAAUUUUUCAAAUUAUGUUUUUUAUACAUAUAUAAGGAGCACUUAAGUAAACAAGUGAUCUGUUUGUACAUAAUCGAUCAAAUUAUUCGAAAAAAGUGUAAAGGAAUAUAUAGGAAACUUCUAUCUGUAACGAAAACAUCUUUAUACAUUUGUCAUUCGUUGAAUAU